AUGUCGUGCUUGAACACGAAGGCUUUAACGAUCACGUUGUCCGCCAAGGCAAGCUUCCUCGGCGCGUCCAAGCUCGAAAAGAUUCGCAUGGCGAUUCUUCUCUCGAACGUGCCGGGCGCCAACCCUUUAACUACAUCGCCAGCUCGACUCGCCGGGCUCGCUUUGUAG